UUUGUGCUGCUGGCAGAAUACUAGUGCGGUAUUGCACUUAUAUCUCCUGUUUUGAUUGUAGGUCAGAAGAAGUAGUGCUCAACUACAAUCCUGUACUUUGUUGACCAGAUCUACCCGGCCUGUCGACAAAAACAAUGGCGCUAAUCUCCCUCGAGGAUCUUGACGGAUUGGAGGAUGAAGAGCUGGACAAUGACAUCACUGACAACCCUGAGCCAAUGGAGGACGACGAGCAGCAGAGGCUGUACACCCAUUGGCAGGCGAUCGCCAGCACACACCAGGUGUCCGUCCCCCGAGAAAUGACAGGACCAAUUCAAGAGCUGACACAGCGGAACCAAGCCCAAGAGAGAGAGCAGGUCCCCUUUUCCUCCAUCUCUCAGCAUGAAAAGAUGGGCGAGGUGCUGUUUGAGGAGAGGGUGUACCCUGCAGGAAAGUGGGCGUGCAUCAUUAAAGGGGAGAAGCUGUACGAGCAGAGCAUCUCCAUGGGCUUUAUGAAACUCAUGAAAUUCAUCUGCAAGGAAAACUCUGUCGGACGCUACUUGGGAAUGACUGUACCCAUUGUGAACAGUAUCCAAAUGCUGGAGGAUGGCAAUGGCUUUCAGAAGAACAUCUUGACGGCAUACUACCUGCCUGCUCAGUUCCAGGCCAACCCGCCCCAGCCAACGGACCCAGACAUCACCAUACUCCAAAGGGAGGCUUUACGAGUCAUCACCCUGACGUUCUUCGGAACCACCACGGAGGAGACAAUCAUGCCUCAAAUCAACCUGCUGUGGGAGAUGCUGGGCCCCAGCGAGGAGAUGCAUCGCAACUCCUACAUGGUGGCCGUCUACGACAACCCUGGGGUGUCCUGCCGCAGAAACGAGAUCUGGUUCAUCCGACGAGACCCCUAAAGCUCUUAUAACAUCCUCCUGUAUCACCCCCCCGA